AUGUACGAAGGGAUUGACAACCUGAAAUCUCUUUACGACCGUGCCGGGAAGACUUUCUCCGGCGGUCCUUCUGCGGCACAGGAUGUGUCGCGUCGUACUGCUCGACCAGACCCAGUACGUCAACCAUCAAUUGGGAGCGGGGCUCCCAAGAAUCCCAGGACGGGGGAUAGCCGCGCCACCGGACGAGGUAACUCGUCCGACGUCCGUUCACGUCGCGGUGGUUCAACAGCUGCUCUACUAGAUAGCGCUGGCCACCGCGAGAGUCCUCUAAUGGAGGUGGAGGAGGAGGAAAGACGCUCUCCACACGAUCAUGUGGAUCGGUGUGUUCCCGAGAGCUUCUUUGAUCGCGUAACGCAAGGGUUACGCGACGAUCUCGAGCAUGAGCGGAAUAGGCGUCUCCAGAUGGUGGACACUGCCUCGAAGCAUCGAGCUGAGUUUGCCUUUGCUCAGCUUGAGAACGAGAGAUCUCUGACAUCUCUUCGUGACGAGCUAAGGGUAGCUCGUGGGAUUGUUGAUCGGUCUCGGGCUGAGAUAACUGCUCUUCAGACCCUUGUUGAUGCCCACCAUCGGGAGCACAAGGCUCUCUGCGAGAUGCUUGAGCGCAAGGGCGUUCUUCAUCGGAAGAAGCAGCGUACUGAUGGUACGGCUUAA